CAUUUAUUUCUUUCUCUCUCUUCCCAACUUGUUGCGUGUUUUCGUAUCCUUCCCUUCCCUAUCGUUUCUUCUAGAAACCCCGGCCCUUCGUUUGCUCUGUCCCUGCUGCAAACCCUAGGGUUUUGCUUUCUCUAGCUAUCCACUUUUCCGUAGGAUUUUUUUUUUUGCUUUUUUAGGAUUUUUGGCGAUCUCUCUUUUUUCUUCCCAUCACUCUCUUUUGCUUCCUUGUUCUAGCGGUUUCUUUCCGAUCUCGAUCUGCACUUAUUGCCAUGGACUUUGGAGCUGCGCGCAAGAGAGGGAGGGGUGACCUGGCUUUUAAUGGCAAUGGAGGAAUUAAGCGUCCUAAGCAAGAAAUGGAGUCCUUUACACCUGGUAUAGGAAGCAAAUCGAAGCCAUGCACCAAGUUUUUCAGCACUGCGGGAUGCCCAUUUGGCGAGGGUUGCCACUUCCUACAUUAUGUUCCUGGUGGAAUAAACACGGUGGCUCAAAUGACGAACUUGGGCAACCCAGCUAUUCCGUCCUCAAGAAAUCCAGUGCCCCCACCACAUGUUCCUGAUGGUGUUUCUCCCUCAACUGUGAAGACUCGCAUGUGUAACAAAUUCAACACAGCUGAAGGAUGCAAAUUUGGGGAUAAAUGCCAUUUUGCCCAUAGCGAGCGGGAGCUUGGCAAGCCCAAUGCCAAUGCCCCAUCCCAAGAAGAUCCCCGCAUCAUGGGACUGAUGUCAGGCAGGUUAGCUGGCCGACUUGAGCCCCCACCCCCGGGCAUCACCGCUGCAGCGAGCUUCGGUGCCUCUGCAACUGCUAAGAUUAGUGUUGAUGCUUCCCUUGCUGGUGCAAUCAUCGGAAAAGGAGGUGUGAACUCAAAGCAGAUAUGUCGCCUGACAGGCGCCAAGCUCUCCAUAAGGGAGCACGAAUCAGAUCCUAACCUGAGAAACAUCGAGCUCGAGGGUACCUUUGAUCAGAUCAAGCAAGCCAGCGCAAUGGUCCGUGAGCUGAUUGUGAACGUUGGUUCAAUGGUAGCAGCCGCCGCCCAAGUGAAGGCCCAAGCCGCACCAGCGGCACCUGCUGUGCCACCAAGCAACUAUAAGACGAAGCUGUGCGAGAACUUUUCAAAGGGCUCCUGCACAUUUGGGGACCGAUGUCACUUUGCUCAUGGUGCAACUGAGCUUCGCAAACCUGCAAUCUGAACACUGUUUCCCUGUUCCUUUUUCCCCCCAAUCCGGGGACGAGCUCUUAGGCUAUAGUUGUACUAGUUAUGGGAGAAUGGUUUGAGGAUUACUUGUUAGAUGAAACUGUGUGGUAGUUAAAAAACAUUGCCUGUUCAGCAAAUUAUUCUUUUCAUCUUCGUUCCGUACCGA